AUGACAGACAAUCUCGACUCCAACACCUCGGGUGACCCUGGCGAGAGACCCUUGGAAAACUCGAACUCCGAUCCUCCAGACGAUAAUACCGACCCCAGUGAUCCGGAUGGCAGUGACAGCGGCUCCUCAGAUUCAUCUACAGAGGAGAACGACUAUGAAACCGAGUGGAGAGAAGACUUAAUCAGUGCUUUUGAGGGCAUCACUACUCCCGGGACAUUUGCUGCGUGGGAGGCGCUUCCGACCACCCCUCCUGCUGGGCUCUAUGUUGAUGGAAUUGGCGAGAUCGCGAUGCCUCUUGGCAAAGACCAGAUCCAACAGCUUAUCACCAAAGCUCACCAAGCUCCCUUUGGCCGCAGAAGCGAAACACUGGUUGAUCUCUCUGUCCGUAACACUUGGGAAAUCGAUGGAGAUCAGUUGCGCUUUCUUGACCCCGCCUGGCAGAGCUAUUUGCUCGAUUUGAGCAAGCGCGUCGCGACUAUUCUAGGCAUCGGAGGGCUGAUUCGAUCGGAUUUAUACAAGAUGCUCAUCUACGAAAAGGGGGCCAUGUUUAAACCUCAUACCGACACGGAACGGACUCCAGGCAUGUUUGGGACUCUGAUAAUCUGUUUGCCAUCAGUACACCUGGGUGGUGAAAUUGUUGUGAGGCACAACGGUGAAUACAAGACGUUAAGAACAUCGGACGCAACGCAAUCUUUCGCGUGCUGGUAUUCAGACGUUACUCAUGAGAUCCUACCUGUAAAAUCCGGCUAUCGAUGCGUUUUGACUUACAACCUGGCCAUCAAGCCUGGUCUCACCCGACCAGUAGCAAGUGCGCUAGACUUGCAAAAGACACCGCUCCGACAAACGCUUCAAUGUUGGCUUAAUGACUUAGCUAAAGACAGCCCGACCGAUGCGCCUAGCCAUCUCUACCAUGCCCUCGAUCAUGAAUAUACCGAAGCGGCCAUGUCCUUUCAAACACUCAAGGCUGGAGACUUCGCGCGGGUACAGGUAUUACGAGAUCUUGCGGACGAGCUCCCUUUUGAAAUCUUCCUGGCGCUCCUGGAAAAGAAAGAUUUUGGACCGGUUGAGUCAGGCUGGGAUAGUAGACAUAGCUACAAACGCUCUAGACACCACUUUGAUGACGAUGACGAUAAUGGCGGUUCCGGUCAUCAUGUCAUUGAUUCGUCCGAGACUGACUAUACGGUGAAAUCACUUCGCGCACUCGAUGGCACAACGAUUGCCAGUAACUACGACUUUGACGUGGAGUUUUGCUCGUGGGACGCCUUUGAGGAUCUGGAAAUUGACAGAGAAGAGUACGAACCUUUUCAGGGGAAUUGGGGCCCUUCUGCCACCCAUUGGUAUCGUCGUUCAGCUCUCGCUAUCGUUCCCCAUAAAAGCCUAGCGGAGUAUCUGGCUCAAUGCGCAUCGAAAAGCACCUCUGACAGCAAUAGUACCAACCCAGCUCUACUCUACCUAGAACAAGUCUGUUUGCGACCUACAGUUAACAAAACGAUGCUUGUUGAAUUGGGCGAUCUCUGUAAAAAGCAGUCCACCAAGCCAUUGCCACCGGCAACGAUAAGUAACAUCCUGAAGGCUUCCCUUCAACACUCUCACUUUGAUCUGUUCCAAACGAUUGCAGGCCUCCACCAAGGCCAUUUACCGUAUGAUUUUUUUGAUUGGGCAAAUGAAUGGCUUAACAUGCUUCCAGAUGUGGAUCGUGCUGAGAAGUACCAUAAAUGGUUUACAUCCCUUAUUCACGGCUACCCGGCUGUGGCAGAUCGCAUACACGUCAUCCAGAAGGUGUCAAAGUCUACCAGUGACGCUGCCUCACCAGAUGGAGCACCCACAAUCAAAGCCUGGGCGGAAGACCUGACCCGUCAAUGCGUUACAAACUUGCUUGAGAGCAAGGUGGUACCAACUGCUGCAGAUGGAAAGGCAAUUGUGCCUGCCGUAUUCAGUCUCAAUGAGACAUUGGCUGACACGUCUGCGCUCCUCACAUCUAUUUUUGACCGUUUUCCACAAGCCGAAGCAAUCGCAUUCUUGCUUGCGUUCCUUUCACAGCUGAGAAUUCUUGCAGGAAGCUUGGCACAAUUUCCAAUCUCGGAAAGUGUAGAAUUGCGUAAAAGGCUUGGUUCACGUGUCUUUAACCGGGAGAGGACACCCUCCAAUGUCAUUGUUCAAGCAAAGGGCAAGUCGCCAUCUGAAACCGGAUGGGUGGUCACUCCUAUGUCUCUCGUCAAAUUUAUCCGCGAUCUCUACCGCCUGAGUACCGAUGCGGCAAACUUGGCAGAGCCAUUUAUCCAACAAAUCAAUGAACACUCUGCUCGAUUCACAGCUGAAGACAUGCAGAAGCUCUGGAUGCCGUUCCUCUAUCAACUCAUCCCAGAUCUAGUCACUCGAUCAGGACCACUCACCAAGCCGUCUCACGAGGAGCUUACACGUCAAUUUAUAAAUCGCUACAGUGAUACAACUCUAGGACCGUGCCCUAACUCAGGCACCAUCAACCGGCGAAGCCCUCAAGUGCGUUGCCCAUGUGGCGAUUGUGCGAAUCUCAACAACUUUCUCCAAGAUACCUCUCAACGUGUUUGGCGGCACAGGGCAACCAAAGCUCAGCGUUUCCACCUGCACCAGAGAAUCGAUGGCGCUAAUAUUGACUGCACUCACGUGACUAAUCGGAACACAAAUCCUGAAACCCUCGUCGUUACCAAACGUUAUAGCGUACAGGACGAAAUCAACAAAUGGACGAAACAACAGAAGGAUCUCUAUCUUGAAAUCUCGAAUAAAAUUCAAUCGGGACACCUAAAAAAGCUUCUUGGUGCCCAAAAGGCUGCUCACAUCCGGGUUCUAGCAGGACUAGGAUCAGUAGCUGCUGCAACUACUCCAAUUGUGAUUGACCUUACUUAA